CCACGAACAUGGGUGAAAUCACCAUCGCGCAAGACCACAAGCAACACACACCUGCAGCUUCAGGGUCUGCGGACGACUGGCUCGGGUGCGAUCACGACGUCGAGACACCCGUCUACCUCCUUGUACAGCCUACGCUCGCCACAGGCUUCCGGGACGCUCAAUGGUGCAUCGCAUGGCCUGUCGGUGGUCUGACAGAACAGCGCAUGACUGCGUGGCGCCACAUUCGUGUUGACGCCUGUAUGUCGCUGGUGGACCCGGACGAGGGAACACAGUACGGUUACUCGGGACCGAUCACGAAGACAGAUGGACCGGGUACUGCGAAGCGGUUCAUGCUCGUGAAUACAACACUCGCUAUGCGCAAGAAGAUCGAGCAGCUCGCGCAAGUCGAUUACGCUCUUUCUUCGGGAGAGCACUUUGGGUCCGCCGUUCAAGCUAGCAGGGUGUGGGUCAAGAAGCUGCUGGACGCUAUGGUGGCUUCGGGGCUUGUGUCGAGCAACAGGCGAGAUCGAAUCGUUCUCCAAGCUUCCGACUUCUAGACACUCAGUUGAUUCCUUCGCACCUCUAUACUUACGUCUUUUCUAAUUCGCAUAUGUCUACUGUACUUGGUAUGUCAACGCUUUCAUGACAUAACC